AUGACAUCCUUCACCCUCCCCCCACAAACCCUCGAAGGCAAAGUCGCCAUAGUAACAGGCGCCUCCCGCGGCAUCGGCACCGCCAUCGCCUACGACCUCGCCUCGCGCGGGGCCAAAAUCGCCAUAACCUACUCCAGCGACCGCUCCAAGGAAGGCGCAAACAACCUCAUCUCCAGAAUCGAAUCCUCCGCGAACAGCAAAGCGAUAGGCAUCCAAUGCAACCUCCUCGACACCUCCGCGCCGCAGCAUAUCGUCUCCGAGACGCUCGCGGCGUUCGGGCCCCAGAUCGAUAUCCUGGUGAAUAAUGCUGCCGGGAUCAGCGAUAAGAAAGUAGAGGACGUGACGCCGUCGCACUUCGAGGAGGUCUUCUGCGUGAACGUUCGCGCACCGCUGCUCAUGCUGCAGGCCACGCUGCCGCACCUCCGACGGCCGGGGCGCAUCAUCAACAUCUCGUCCGUCGCGGCGCGGCAGGGCUUCCCGGGCAUCGGGACGUACGCGGCGUCGAAGGCGGCGCUGGAGGGGUAUACGCGCAGCUGGGCGGCGGAGCUGGGCGGGGAUGGGACGACGGUGAAUGCGGUGAAUCCUGGGCCGGUGCAGAGUGAGAUGCUGGACCAGGUGAGUCCCGAGAUUGUGGAGCCGCAGAAGACGGCGACGCCCGUGGAGAAGAAGGUCGGGAGGGCGGAGGAGAUUGCGGAGAUUGUGGCGUUUUUGGCCGAGGGGAGGAGUAGUUGGGUGACGGGGCAGUGUUUGAGUGCCAGUGGGGGGUAUGCGAUGUAUUGA